CACAACGACAUUGUGACAUCAUAAUGUCUCAGCUGACAUCAUAGUGUACCUCUUAGCCAAUAGCGGUAGCAGAUCUAAAUUCAAAUACAAUGCAGAAUUUUUCCCUGACAACGGCACAACACUGACAUUUUUAGGUAGAAUAUUUAAAUUUUAACUAAGAUGCACUGAAGUGCCAAAUUAUUGGGUACAUGUGUCUAUAGCACAAUUAGACACUCGUUUAUAUAGUUAAUCAGCAAAAGUAAGUUGAUUUGGGAGUGACUUGCUCUUUAAAUGGUCACGUGUCCAGUUACAGAUCGUCUGCUCAGCUUCCUUCAACCUGAAAGUGUCUGACAUCAACCAGCUGCUCACACACACACACACACACACACACACACACCCCUCCAACAGCAGCUUCUCUGUGUCCGUGGAAACCGCUGAGACUCCGCCUCUACCUGAUAUGGCUACCUCAUAAACAGUUAUUUGUGUAACCAGGAUGCUUUUCCAUCACCUUGGAAGGACCUCAGCUGUUUAAAAGCUAAACUUAUUGGUUGUUUUACUCUUUGAAAGUUUUGGUUUUCCUGGAAUGGGACUGGGAAUUUGGCGAUCUGGAAGAUAGUUUAAUUAUGGGAAUAAGCAGUCAGUGUGUCCCAGGCACAUUGUAUUUUUGAAUAAUUCUUUUAAGUUUAAAACAUUUUAAUAGAAAAACAAAAUACUUUCAAGUAUUUAAACAUUUACUUCAAAAGCAAUAACAAGGGGUUCCUCAAGAAUGUGUACUUGGUCCUGAGCUUGUUACUCUGCUGAUAUAGUUUCCUAUUAUAGCAGUUUUAUUUACAUUUAAAAGGGUAAUCAUUUUGUGAGUAAUCUGUCCAAUUCUGUUUAAUUAUCAAUUUUAAAAAGUUAUAUAAAAUUAUAAUGUGUUAAAUUUAGCCGUUAUUGAGUCGUUGGAUGCUGGAAAACUAGGAUUAGUCUUUUUCGGGGGAAAUUAAUCUGAACUAAAACCCUUGAAUCAAAAACAAACAAGCAAACAGAAAUAUAAAAGUAUUGACUUUAAUAAGGUGAAAUGAGGGCUACCACGUUACGCCUGGUGUGUUUUGUUUCCUGCUGAAACGCUGAAAGCUUUGAAGUGUGGAUCGGCACAGCAGGGUGCCGCUUCUGCAAAGGAAGGAUGUUAAAUGCUAAAGGAUAGGGACAUGAGCUACUCUGCUACCAACAUGUGACUGAAGAGGGUUUUCAUAAAAAAGCUAAUCCAAUGAUAAUGUACAUCUGUUCUGGUAAAUUUCUAAGCUUUGAACAUUUUUUAUUAAUUUUUUUUUUUUUUUUACGGGAUAAGGAGCUUCUGCUCCCUCCAGAAUCUUAAGACUUCAAAGCAGAUUUGCUUUGGAUAAUGCAAAUGAUCCGAAUACGCCGGUUCCUGCCCACUCAGAAACAUGAAAAGAAAGGGGAAAAUUAAAAGAAAUUGCUGUGGCCGGCUUUUAUGUGUGAAAAGAAGGGCAAAAAUAAAGACUUCAAUUAUUGCCAAGUUCAUUCGAUUAGGAAAUAAGCUGACAAAGUACUAAAGUUCACGGUUUCUGACCCAGUGGCCAUUCGCUUUAAACGUCACUUUGAACCGUCGGCCGUUUCCUAUUUGAUGAAAUUAUAAUUAGCCGGAUUAAGUCCAGCCAAUAAUCUCUAUGUGAGAAAAGCCACUUUGUUCAGCGCUGUCAGCCUGUGGGUUCGCGUUAUUUCUGCUCACAUACUGAUGUCCUCAGUGAAAGGCAGCAGAUUUCUUCAUUUGUAUGUUGCUGUCCUAAAUCAACCGUUUGCGUCGGUAAAUCUUAGAAACAACAUUUAACUUGACUCUAUUUGUCAUUCUGGUAUUUUAUUUAACAAUUGCACAAGAAAUUCACAUAAAAAUAAAUUCCUUCAAGUAUCUGAGCAAUUACACCCAAAAGCACAGACAAGGUGUUCCUCAAGGAUGUGUACUUGGUCCUGUGCUCAUUAUUCUGCUGACACUGCUAAAUUCAGCUCAAAUCAUUUCAUGAAGUUUACUUGUGGGACAACAGCAGUGGAAUUGUUUUCUUCCCAGCAAAAUUAUGCAGAUAUUUAUUGUUGCAUCAGAGCUAAAUUCAUUUUCAUGGGUAAACAUUUUCAAGAAACAAAUAUAUGAAACUGAAAUCCUGAUCUAAAACGCCCGCCUCUCAGUUUUCUUUACACAGCCUCAUUUUUCUAGAGUUGUUUUUACAUACACUUUAAUCUUAAAACCAAGAGAUAGCCCACUUUAUUUAGCUCAUUUGUGAUUUGUUUUAAACUUGCCUUGUUUCACCUGAUAAAUCAAAGAGUCUCAAACAACUUUAGCAAAACCCUAAUCUUCCACCUGGAAUUUUAGGGACUGACUCCAGACCUUUAGAGACGGCAAAUGAAUAAAACAAGGCUCCAGAAAGUUGCACUGGUUUUUAGUAGAUCAUUGGAGCUCUUUCUUUUUGCAACAUCAAAGGCAGCCGCAGCUCUCUGAUGUGGCAGCAUGCUGUUUAAGGUACAGACUGAAUGGAGAGAUGUCAAGCUGCAAGGUGCCUCUGUAGUUUAUGCUAAGUGCUGCAGAGAGCUGCAGAUGAAAGGAGCAAACAGAGUUUGAUAAUGAGUGUCCGACAAGUAGGGCCCAUCCCAGACGGCGCGCGCUCAGUGGGACGUCUGCGCUAACCUUGAACGCAGCACCCCAAACCUUGGGCCCAUGCUGGAGGCCCGACUCGGCUGCUCCUGUAAAACAGAGGGUCUCUCAGAUGUGAGCUUUAAUCGUCCUGUCAGUUAAAGGCUGAUUGACACACACACACACUGCUGUGUAGAAGAUGUCAUCCUCUUUGACUGCUAAGCACUUCUCCCUCCAGCUUCUUCUCAGCACACAACAUUCUGCUUAACGUGUGAGUCAGUCUGUGUUUCUACAAUAUUCCUGGAUUCUAGAAUGUUCCCAUUAAUCAAAUGAAGUAAUCCUCUUUUAUUUAGUACUGCUUUGCUCAGGGGAACACAAAACAACAGACUUGAGCUUCAUUUCCAAGCAGAAGACUACAGCCGGUGUCCGGACCCAAAUUAGGUCUCUUCAUAGGUGUCCACGUUUUCUCACAGAGCUGCAUCUCGGUCGGGUUUCUCAUUCAUGCCUGGUAUCCGUGUCUAAACGAGCAAGGGUUUUCAUUUAUCUUGCAUGUUUUAUCAGGACCUUUUUCUCAUGCCGCAGGGAAUUUUACUUGCAAUUGUUUGAAAAAAAAAAUGUGCAAAAGCUUUCUGAAACUCUUCCACCUCAGCCGGCUCCCUUCGAUGUGGAGGAGCAGCGGCUCUCCUCCGAGUCGCUCUCUGGCAUCUGGAUUCCUCGUCCUCUCCAGAUGAGGGUUUUUGCUCGAUCCCUCCUUCCUUUGUGAGAUUUUUACUGCAGUAAUCAGCGACGAUGCGACUCAACCAGCUGCAGGCUGAUGAGUAAAUCCUUUAUUUGGCUUCAUCAUAAAUAUUUCAACAACCAUUUACUACAUUUUUGUGAUGAGAAUGAAAAAAAUAUUUAAUCCCUCAAAUCUGUUGCUCAGACUUCUGGUUCAACCCUGCAGAAAUACUCAGAAGUUGUUGUUUUUGGAACAAUGUCUUUAUUUUUGUUAUUAAGUCUGCUGCCUUGUUUCUGUUCUACCAGAUUUCUCUGGGCCUCCUGUCGUCCCAACGAUGGAAGGCUUGUGAGGGAUGCUACUCUGCGUUACGCUCCCGGAGGUGGAUUUCCUGUUUCUCACACCAGAAGAAGAAAAGAAACCCGUCUUUGAAACAUUUCUUUUGAUUACUCCUGUCCAUGUGAGUUAGAGGAUUUUCCCACAGAAUCCGGCGAAGACACAUAAUAAACUGAUGGCGGUUCUCAGCAGGGAGCUGCGUGGACCCCAUAUAAAAAAACACCACAAAAGUUUUUUGCACUUAUUUUGUCGAAAUGCAAAAUGAUGCAAGAGCUGAUGGCUGCUGCAGCUUAUCAGCAGGAGCAAACGCAACGUAGCUUAAAACCAGAUAAUUUGGAAGGCAGCAAGUUAAAAUCUGGUAAGUAAACAAGUGUAAAUGUGCAUGCAGCUGCAUGGUGUUCAUGAACCUAAAUAAUAUCAAAGUUUAACCCAUUAAAACCUGAAAAACGAAGUCAUAAUCAAUCUAGUUUUUGAUGCACAACUAUUAAAUAAUAAAACUAUACAGCAAUCUGUUUUGUUAUGUAAAUAAACAUAACAGUAAUUAAAAAAAUAAAAUUGGCCCUUGCCAUCUGUAGCUCCUCCACCGGGGGACAGUAAACAUGUAUAGGACGGGACAUAUCAGGUUUCUGAUGAAGACACUAAUCCUGAUGCUCCAUCUGGAUGAUUUAAAGCAGAAAUCCAGAUUUUUCUCCAACUAGAGGCUGAAAAAUGUAUUGCGCCUUGCACCGUUCUCUCCAUUUCUCGCAAGACCAGGCGCCUUGACGCUGAGAAACACCCCAUAUCUCUCUUGUCUUAGCUUCCCUACGUUGGCUGCCUGUUAAAUUCAGAAUAGAUUUUAAAGCGACAGUGUGUAUUUUUCCUGGCGAUAGGGGGCAAUAGAUAUCUAAAUCAUUGCAAGCAAGCAGUAUUUUUGUGUUGGAGUAAGACCUUACCAACGGAUGCCUAUUAGGGUCAAAAAACCCUGGGGAGCGCAAACUUUAGCAUAACGACAAGCACAUCAGACUGACAUCACUGACAACAAGCGAAGAGGUAAAUGUGUAAAACAACAUUUAAGAAAGACAAACGUUUUGUCACCAUUUGUUGCAAAUCAGUAAACGCAUUUAGUCCUCAUGGGCUACCGUAGUUGGAAACAUGGCAUCUAAUAUGGCAUUGCAGAGAGAGAGACUUAGACCCGCUCCCAUGUAUUUUAGACCUGCAUCAUUUGAUUCACUUUCAACAACAGUUUGAUGGAUAUUUCCAGAAAUUAAAGGUAAAAACUACACAUUGUCUCUUUAAGAUCCUCCUUCUCACAUAUAAAGCUCUCAAUAAUCAAGCUCCAUCAUACAUCAGUAACCUGAUUGUUCCAUAUGUUCCUAACACGGGCAACAACCUAAUGGAGCGACGGUGGCACAGGAGUUAAGUGCUUGCUCUGUAAAUGGAAGGUUGCAGGUUCGAGCCCCGCUCAGUCUGUCGCGGUCGUUGUCUCCUUGGGCAAGACACUUAACCCACCUUGCCUGCUGGUGGUGUUCGGAGGGACCGGUGGCGCCUACGUACAACAGACUCACCUCUGUCAGUGCGCCCCAGGGCAGCUGUGGCUACAAUGUAGCUCAUCAACACCAGUGUGUGAAUGUGUGUGUGAAUGGGUGAAUAACUGAUUGUGUUUUAAAGCACCUUGGGGGGUUCCAGGAAUCUAGAAGGUGCUAUAUCAAAUACAGGCCAUUUACUAUAACAGAGCACUUAUAUUUUUAAUUAAAAUAUAGCUUUUAAAGGAAAUAUUGUAUCUUCAUUCUGCACACCUCUAAACGCCCCGUGGAGGUAUUAUUAAAACAAUGUAUAGCUUUUUAUGAAAUUGCUCCAUAUUCAACCUUUAAUGUACAAACUACUCAAAUAAAUAAAAUAACAUAAAAAUACAAGUAAAAAACAAUUGAGUAAAAAAAUAAAGCUAGUGAAAAACUGAGUAAAUGUUUGACCACAACGGCUGAUUUAAUUUAUCCACUUUUUAAAUCAGAUAAAUACAUGUUUUAAAUGAUAUGUUAACUUAUUAUUAGAUAGUUUUAGGGGCAAAAUUGAAGAUAAGUAAAAUGUAAUAACCGCACUUUAAGAUGACAAAUGAGCCCACAGGGGCGUAGAUUUGGCAUCCAGCGAUGACCAAAUUCUCCCCACCAUUAGUCUGACUGCCAACGUUAAAAAAAACCAACAAGCCAGAGGAGCAGAAAGGGUUAAAGGACCUACCUCUGUGUUGCACAUGGCCAGGAUGAGAUGUAGGUUUAUCAAGUCCCCACAAGCAGAUGAGCUCGAGCCUCCUGGUUUGGUUUUUGUUGUGGAACACCGCCAUCUAGUGGCUCCAACACCAAGUUACAAGUGGUUUAGAUCUGUGUUUUACUUUUGAUUUCCCUGAAACACAUUAGUGUUGGUUUGUUUAAACAUUUUAAACAAUAUCCUGUCAAAUCAAAUUCAUGAGGAUGCUUAAGCUUUAUGGUAGUUCAGCCAUUGUUUACUUUCUGCUCCACUGGAGCUGCUUGGCAAACAGACCAGGUUUCGGUUUUUAGACGAGGAAUGAGGAAGAGGUGGUUGAACGGUCCUUUUGGGUUGAUGAGGGCUGGAGAGAAGGCAGUCAGUCGCUUUGUGUUUACAGGUGAGAGCGAGUCUUCUAGUCUGUUGAAGGGGGACACUAGAGGAAAUCUGAUUUCUGUGCUUUCCUGAUGGACUGGUUGGUACCAGAUGUGAAGCUGAAGGAUUGAAGCAUGGGAGCUGAUAAGACUGAAGCAUGCUUGCUCAGGAGCUGCUGCUGAAACAGCGUUCAGAGGUUCUCCACGCCCUCUGCAGGAGCGGCUCAGCUGAGCACCUGGAAAGGGUUCUGGACGUGCUGCUGGCUCAGGGGGAGCUGGGAUGGGAGGACUACCAGAGCAUUCAAGUCCCGGGGAGGGCCCUGCACACCAACGCCAGGCAGCUGCUCGACCUGCUUUAUACAAAAGGUGAGGAAGCCUGCAGAAUCUUCUUCGCUGCUGUCAAUCAGGUCUUUCCAGAAGGCCAAAGAGUUGGCCUGUCCUCAGGAUGUCCCCCACCUUUAGAGGACAGAGUUCAGAAGACGUCUGCAGAGACAGUUCUAAUACAACGGCUGAGUUUGGUCUGCAAGCUUCAGGACUGUGUGGAUGGUGCUCUGGAAGCUCUCCUGGAAUCAGGUCACUUUUCCUCAGAGGAACGAGAUGAGGUCCUGCUGCCUGUUCACACCCCGUCUCAACAGGCCCGGCGUUUGCUCGAUCACGUCGGAUCCAAAGGGGAGUCUGCGGCGUCAGCUCUUCUUCAGUUCAUCCAGCGAAGACAGGAAUCUGGAUCCCAGCAGAACCAGAGGGAACUGGAAAUCCCUAAAGAGUUGGUGAGAUACCAGAAGAAGCUGAGCAGCUCGGUGUCGGCUCAGUCCUGCUUUCUCAGCACCUACGGAGGAACCAGCCACGUCUCUCUGGACGACGUCUUCACUGAAGUCCAGUUGGAGCUUCAUCACAGCUCCUCCGGCGUUCACCAACCUUUGGACCUGGAGGACGUAGUUGGGUCAGUGGGGACCGUGAACAAGGACGCUGACACGGUGCUGGUCUCUGGGGAGGCAGGAAGUGGAAAGAGCACUCUCCUCCAGAGGCUCCACCUCCUUUGGGCUCAGCGGGCGGCCCUCCGGGACUUCGUCCUCCUGUUCCCGUUCAGCUGCCGCGGACUGAACUUGGAGCACCGGGAGCUGUGUGUACAGGAGCUGCUGUUCCAGCACUGCUGCUGGCCGGACCGGGAGCAGGAAGAGAUCUUCCAGUUUAUUCUGGACCACCCUCACCUGAUCCUCUUCACCUUCGACGGCCUGGAUGAGCUCAAGGAGGGCUUUGUAGACGAACUCCGAGUCUGCUGUCCCACCCAGCGUGCGCCCGUUCACGUCUUGUUGUUCAACCUGAUCCAGGGCACGCAGCUGAAGGGGGUCAUGAAGGUCGUGACUAGUCGUCCAGGAGCAGUGGGACCCGGGUUAAAGAAGCACCUUCGUAAGGAGGUCCUCCUUAAGGGCUUCUCUCCAUCAGGCAUCGACUGCUUUGUGAGGAAACAUCACAGCGAUUCAGCUGUAGCUGCUAAGGUCUUAGAGUCCCUACAGGCGAACACAGCUCUCCUCGGACUUUGUCACAGUCCUGUUCUCUGCUGGAUCGUCUCCCAGUGCCACAAGGAGCUGCUCAGCUGUGGAGAAGGGAGCCCACAAACAGUCACAGAUGUUUAUCUGAUGAUCCUGCAGCACUUUUUCCAGCAUCACAGCACCAGUAAGGGCACCACAGGGGCAGGCUGGCUGCAGGAGCACCUAAGAACAGUCCUGCAUCUAGGGCAGCUCGCCUCUGAAGGAAUCACCUCCUCCUGUUGCGUCUUUUCAGGCGCAGACCUGGAAACAUGUGGCAUUACCGAAAAGGACGUUUGUAUGGGUUUCCUCGUACAAAGCAAAGACGUUUCCCCGGGUAACAGCAAGCGUUACGAGUUCUUGCACGUGACAAUGCAAUGCUUCUUCGCAGCUCUCUACAUCGUUCUGUCCGGCGACACGGACUGCUCCACCGUUCCUAAGCUGUUUGAGCUGCAGGACGUGACGGAGACCGGACUCAGCAGCACCUGCUUAAGAGCCUGCCUGCCCUCAGCAGACCAACAGGGAGGUCAUUUGGAGGAACACACGACAGCAGCAGAAGCACCAAAUCUACAAAUCACGGCCACCUUUGUGUCUGGAUUACUGUCCCAGCGCCACAAGAGGUCGUGGCAGCGCUGCUGCUCAAAGGCUGCGGUAGAGAGGAAGGUCCGGCAAGUGACAAGAUGCCUUUCCAAAGGCAUGCAGAAACAUUUCAGGUCCAUCCCUCGACCGGUGCCGGGGGAGAAGAAGAGCAUGCACGCCAUGCCUGGAUUUGUCUGGCUCAUCAAAUGCAUCUACGAGAUGCAGGAGAGCCGGAUCGCUAAAGAUGCCAUGAGUAAGCUGGAGGUGGACCACCUGAAGCUAACCUACUGCAACAUCGGCCCCAUGGAGUGCACCGCGCUUGCUUAUGUGCUGCAGCAUAUAAAGAGCCCAGUGGGCCUCCAGCUGGACAACAACUCAGUCGGGGAUGUUGGAGUGGAGCAGCUUCUUCCCUGCGUGCACGUUUGUAACUCCUUAUACCUCAGAAACAAUAACAUCACAGAUGAGGGCAUCCGAAGACUGACCGCUAAAGUUGUCCACUGUGACAACUUCCAGAAAAUUGCUCUCUUCAACAACAGGCUAACUGAUGCUAGCACGCUGCACAUUUCUCACCUUCUGAAGGCCAAGCAGAGUUUCCUGUCCUUGAGGCUUGGCAACAACAACAUCACAGCAGAAGGAGCAAAGCGACUGGCUGAAGGACUGAGACGCAAUCAUUCGCUGAAGUUUUUAGGGCUUUGGGGUAAUAAGAUAGGAGAUGCAGGAGCAGAGGCCAUCGCUGGAGCUUUGGAAAACAGCAAAUCUCUUGUAUGGCUCAGUCUGGUAGGUAACGGUGUAGGCAACGCAGGAGCGCGCGCGCUCUCCGGGAUCGUCCGGAACAGCCUGUCGCUGGAGGAGCUGUGGCUGACACAGAACUGCAUCACCAGAGCAGGAGUGGAGUACCUGAUUCAAGCCCUGAAGCACAACACUCACAUGAAAUCCGUUUGGCUGAAGAACAAUGACCUCAGUUCGGAGGAGGUUGAGGAGGUGAAGCUAAUCGAACCGAGACUGAUUUUUUGAUUUGUGUAAUCUGUUAAAGAAGUCACUAUUUAGUAUUGGAAAUACUUAGAAUAAACAUUUUUAAGUGGGAA